CAAUUGGUUUUAAUGCUGUUCUUAAUGGAAGUAUAAUAUUAAGAAAAAAAGAUAUGCAUUAUUGUAGUUUUAAUAUCUUAAGGAAUUUAAAAUUCCCAAAAUUGCUUAGUUUUAAUUGUAAUCGAUAUAGUAGUUUUUUAAUAAAUAAUAGUAAAUAUUCUUUUCUUAAAGAAUUGGAUUUAAAUGAAGAAAACACAGGAGUUUACGAUGGAGACUGGAAAGCUAAUGGAAACGUUAUUACGUCUGUGUGUCCGGCGAAUGGGCUUCCAAUAGCUAAAGUUCGUACUGCCAGCAAAGAAGAUUAUGAAAGAUGUGUGUCGAUUGCUUCAGGUGCCUGGAACUCGUGGUCCGAUUUACCCGCUCCUAAACGUGGAGAAAUUGUCAGACAAAUUGGUGACGCGUUAAGAAGUAAAUUGUUACCGCUUGGAAAAUUAGUAUCGUUAGAAAUGGGGAAAAUUUUACCAGAAGGUAUCGGCGAAGUACAAGAAUAUAUAGAUAUAUGUGAUUACGCUGUUGGAGUAUCGAGAAUGUUUAACGGAUCAAUAUUUCCAUCAGAGAGAUCGAACCAUAUGAUGCUCGAACAAUGGAAUCCUUUAGGUCUGGUGGGAAUCAUUAGUGCAUUUAACUUUCCUGUUGCCGUUUAUGGUUGGAACAGUGCCUUAUCGAUGGUUUGCGGAAAUGCGGUGAUUUGGAAAGGAGCUCCGUCAACUUCUCUUACUUCUGUUGCGACGACAAAAAUCAUUUCAUCUGUUUUGGAGCGAAACGGUGUACCUAAAGGAGUUUUGUCUCUAUGCACAGGUGAUGCAGAUGUCGGAGAAUUAAUGGUUAACGAUAAACGUAUAAACUUACUUUCGUUUACUGGAAGUUGUUCGGUUGGUCAAAAAGUUGGUGUUGAAGUUCAAAAACGUUUCGGCCGUGUAUUAUUGGAACUUGGCGGUAAUAACGCCAUCAUUGUAGAACCCGAUGCUAAUUUAAACAUGGUUGCCCAAUCUGUAGUAUUUGCGUGCUGUGGCACGGCAGGUCAGAGAUGUACUACUACCAGAAGACUGAUUUUACAUGAAUCAAUUUUCGACGAGGUUUUAAAUAACCUAGUAAAAUCAUACUCCGGUGUCCUGCAAAGAUUAGGCGAUCCCUUAGAUGAAAACACUUUAUAUGGACCAUUGCAUACGAUACAAAGUGUGGAAAACUUUAAAAAAACUAUUACAGACGCUUUAGAUGAGGGUGGAAAAAUUGAAUUUGGAGGAAAUGUUUUAGAUAAACCUGGAUACUUUGUAGAACCGACAAUAAUAUCUGGAUUAGAGUAUGAUUCACCAGUGGUACGUCGAGAAACUUUUGCUCCCAUUGUUUAUGUUUUAAAAUACAAAAAUCUUGAUGAAGCUAUUGCGUGGAAUAAUUCUGUCGAUCAAGGGUUGUCGUCUAGUGUUUUUACAAACAGCAUUGAAACCGUUUUCAAAUGGAUCGGUCACAAAGGAUCAGACUGUGGUAUCGUUAAUGUUAACAUUCCAACAAAUGGGGCCGAAAUAGGAGGAGCGUUUGGUGGAGAAAAGCAUACCGGAGGCGGACGUGAAUCUGGUUCUGACUCGUGGAAACAAUAUAUGAGGAGAUCUACAAUUACAAUUAAUUACGGAUCUGGAUUAACUUUAGCCCAAGGAAUCAAAUUUGAUUAACACAAUAUUAGCAUUAAUAUAUAAGUUUAAUUAAGAUGAAUACCUAUAUAAUACUAACUAUUAAUAUAAAUUUAACAUAUUU